AUGUCGGCCGGACACAUCAUAGGCAAUCGCAACAGCACUCCUGUCGAGUCUACAAAUACUUCAUCACUUCGACCUCCAUCUUCACGCGCUGUCGGCUCAGGUCAUCACCUUCGAGCUUCUGCAGACAUGGCUGGAUAUUCAGGUUCACCAUCUGCUAGCCGUGGCCAAGCUCGACCUUCAUCCGAUUUUUAUGGUACUCAACAAAUGCAGGGUCAGGGUGUCCCUGAGAAUGAUACUGAUUUGGAAGCUCAGCAAUGGAUCGCCGACAUUGACCAAUAUGAGAAUACUUUGGAAGAAAUGGCAGCUGCAACUUUGGAUCAAGACUUUAAAGAUGAGUUGAGUGCAAUAGAACAAUGGUUCCGGGUUCUGAGUGAGGCCGAACGAACCGCUGCUUUGUAUGCUCUACUUCAACAAACAACCCAAGUACAGAUUCGCUUUUUUAUACAAGUUUUACAGCAGAUGGGCAAAAACCAUCCAAUGUCUGGUGUGUUGUCACCCGCAAACUUCGACAAAGAUCCUAUGUCAACUCGACUAAACGAUGCAAUGGGCAAGCUUGGUGGUGAUGGCUCAAGAAAUUCUAUUGGCCGUCCUCCCGCCACUCCGUCUACAAAGAGACACUCUGUCCUAGACCCAUCCAUGAUAAACAAUAUGUUUCCAGAUGCUGCGGCAGCUAUUGCCAGCAAAAAGGCUGAAUACACUCAGAACUGGGGCAAUCCUCCUACCUCAAACAGAAACAGUGCAGCCUACGACAACCGUGCCUCUCUCACCGCACCUGUCAUCGCUGGUCUUGGAGACUCGACGGACAAUACCGCACCUCCCGCCUCACCAUGGGGAUCUCGCAGUAAUGACCAAGCAAACAGGCCCAAGUCAUCUUCGGGACAAACACCCAUGGGCCAGUUUAUGCAACCGCCACCCUCCGCUGGUGGCUUGCGCUCUCCCAGACCCACUCAAAUUCAAGGCUCAUCUAACCUCCAAAAUACUGUAAUCAACGCUCCUGACAACACUGGCUCUGAUAUGCCACUACUUUCGCCAUAUAAUGCAGGGAAUGGAAACUGGGCCUCGAUGGUCAACACACCAAUGGUCCCCAAUUUCAAUGCGUCGAACAGCAACACUGAUAUGGUCGCAAACGCUACGGCUAUGAAAUUAGCGGCCCUUUCUACAGUCAACAAUCGAUUUGCCUUGGAUGAUGUACGAAAGUACCGCCGUGCCAGAUCAAACGAUGGUGGGCAGGUUCCACCUUCUCCCGGUCUUCCCAACAAUAUGCCAAACGCUAACGUUGUCAUGAUUAAUGAACACGGACAAAUAAUGAGUCGAGACCAGGUCUUGGGGCUUCAAGCUCAGCAGCAGCAUUCUUUCGGCGGCAGGCAGUCUAGGCCAAGCUCUCCAGGUUUGGCCAUGCAAGGCGGAUUUGGUCAAGUCAAUUUCGCAUCUCCACAGAAUAACGGCUUCUUGGCCGCAUACGAUGGAGCCUCACCUCUACUCAACAAUGGCAUGAGUGGCUUGAGUCUCAACGCAUUUGGUAUGGGACAGCAUGAGGGGUAUCUCUCUGAUCAUAGUGAAAUGGCGCGGGGUAGAUCGCCACGUGGAAGAAGGGGUAGCUCAAAGCCCCCUGAGGAUCCUACCGAUCCUAGCCUUCUUCAGGAUAUUCCCAGCUGGCUGAGAAGUUUGAGAUUACAUAAGUACACCGAUCAGCUUAAGGAUAUGAAUUGGACCGAGCUUGUGGAACUAGAUGACGAGGCAUUGGAGAAGAGGGGUGUCAACGCGCUUGGAGCGAGAAGAAAGAUGCUCAAAGUGUUCGAGCAAGUUAAAGCUGCGAAAGCGGAGGGUAAGCUCUCGUAA